AUGGCGAGCCCGUCCCCACUCAUCAAGUUCGACACGGUAAAUCCGGCACACUUCCGAGAGCCUCUCCGGCUGCUGACCACGGACCCGGCAUGGGCCGAGCUAGAGGAGGGCGCGCUGGCCCGGACUAAUAUGUCCGUCGGCCGCUUCGUCAUUGGCCACGAGGUCGUGCACUUCGAGAACAACAGGCCGGUUGCAGGUGCAGGUGCCGGUGCUCCAGCAGAUGCUGCCGAUGCUUGA